GCGGGAAGGCGGAGUUGGAUUCUCGAAGAAGAAGCUGUAGUUUCGAUUUCGUCUGUGACAAACUGAGUUCGUACCUGAGUAGUUUAUGCUAACUGAAAUGUAGCUAUCAAUUUUAAUAUUUAGUGUAGUUUAGUGUAUUUAGUGUAGUCGUGUUGUUAUGGUGCCGGUUUAACGUGUUUAACUUAGGAAUAUGCCGCACGCGCUUCAAGAGUUGGGAUUGUUUCUCCUGUUCCUGAGUUUUUCUCCCAGCCUUUUUGACCAAAUUUACAUGGCUAUAGGUGGAGAUGCUGUCCUCAGACCACCCCCCAUGGAUCUUCCUAUCAAAAACAUAGAGUGGAAAUACAAUGAGGAUAUUGCAGCAGAUUGGCAUGGAAACGAGUUUGAGUGUUUUGGCCAGUUUAAAGGUCGUUGUGAGGUGAACACUGAUACUGGAGAACUGACCAUCAAAGAACUUAACCUGAACGACAGUGGCAUCUACACACCAGAGAUUAACUACAAAGUCUCCAGCAAGACUCAGCUCUCUGUUAUCUCUCGUGUAGCUAAACCCUCUGUAGAAACAUCCUGCAACACUGAGAUGACCAACUGUGAUGUGACCUGUGAAGGCAACACUGCAGAGGCUGAACCAAUCACUUAUACGUGGUUUAUAGAUGGCGAGCAUGGACCUUCAAAUGAGGAGUUGAUUAUAACAAAGGAUUCAAAGGAGUACAGUUUCAGAUGUUUGAUGAUGAACCCAGUCAGCAAUGAAACCAGUGAAAGCAUCACAAACCCCAUCAUUAAACAAGAACAGGAGCGGCUGAUAUCCAUCCUUGUACCAGUAGUAGUAGUGAUUGUUUUGGUACUCAUUGGGGUUGCUGUAUUUUUCAUCAGGGAAAGAAGGCGAAGAGCACAAUACAAGAAGUGGCAAAGAGAAAUAGACGAAAAGUGGCGAAGACACCGAGAUGGGCCUGAACAUGAGAUGGAUCCACUUAAUCAAUCUCCUGAUGGUGAAGGACAAACUGAUACUACCCAACAUCUCAGCAAUGGAGCUGAGACUGAGUCAGUGACUCCAGAAACUUCCAACCAGAGCCUGGCAGAAGCUGCAGCCUCUAACACUGACCAGGAAACUGAGUUCACAUCUGUAGAGGUUCCUGACCAGCAGACCUCUGGACCUCCAGAUACCAACAAGGACUCUGAGAAAUCUGCACUGAUGCCAGACAAGAAACCAGAAACCAACAGUGAGCCAUCAGCUGAUGAACAGAGAGCAGAUGACCGAGGAGAUGUUUACUAAACGUGGGUGUUCACUUCUUUCCUGAUUUGUAAAACUUCAAAUCACAUUGGUAGAGACUUCUGUUACAGACUCUGCUCAGUCUGAAGAUGUUACACUAACUAUGGGACAAAGUUUUUCUACUCCUAAGCAACUGUCUUAUAUUCUUUCAGGGUUUAGAUUAUAUAUUUUUAUAGACAAAAAUCUGUGCUGCCAUUUCUGAUGCCAAAACUUUAAGUUCUUAUUUUUGUGAAAUUUACAAUGAUAGUGAUUAUGUAGCCAUUAUGGUGCUACAAAUCUUGAGAUUCCAGCCAAACCAAAGUAAAGAGACUAUUUUUGCAUGUUAAGAUUUCCUUUGAGUCUCCCAGUCGUGACCAAACACAAACUUUUUUUUAACUUAGCAAAAAUAUAACAUAUCACACAGCAUUUACCUCCAAUAAUUUCCCUUUAAAUUUUCUAUCUUCCAGAGUGUGUCCUUACAUUUUUUAUGAAAACAAAUAUUUCUGAGAUGAUAGGGCCUUUUUAUUAUUUUGUACUGAGAACAAUUUACCUGCUUAAUGCUAAAGAGAAGAAACAAAAAAGAACUUUGCUCUGCUUUAAAGGAAGCUAUAUGUAGAUGUAGAUUUUGUAAAAUAAAUAAAUAAAUGUACUGAAAUGAUCACAAAAGCAUCAUAAUUGGGGAAAAAAUCAUGUUACUUGUCAAUCAAGCUUAAAAAACAAGCUUGUGCCCUUUAAAAGGUGUACUUUAAAUCCUCUGCUGUAGUUCCUCUUGUUGCCUCUGGGGGGCCUCAUACAGCUGCUGUGUUCAAUCAGAAAAUGAACUCUACUGGAGGAUGAAUGUUUCUGAUGUUUUAUCAUUAAAUCAUAUUAGUGUGAAUUUAAUCAGUUUAAGUGCAAUUUCAGAAAAUAAUUUAAAAUAGAACAAAUGAUAAAGAACAGAUGAAGAAGAGGAUUAUUAAAUAUUUUAGCAUCAAUAGAAUAUCUAUGAAUGAUGUGUCAUUGUUCCUGGAAGUCUGUAAUAAGAUUCAGUGAUGAAUCAUUGAUAUUUCAAGUUUUUAUAGACUUUGUUUUAACUUGCUUUUAUUUUCAAUUGCAAUGUUGUUUUUUAUUUUACAUUUUUACAAGUCAGUGUGCUGUACAUGCAUUAGUUUGUCGGAUAUUUACUUGUUUGUAAAAAUUGUACGCUCAUUCAAACUUCCUGUCUCCCAAAUCCAAACUGCACACUAUUUCUAUACAGUAUUUACUAAAUAUUCAUCUGAACAGCAUGAAGCUCUAAAAAUUAAGCAGUAAAACACAAGUAGACACUUCAAAACCAACACUGGAAAUGCUAGACGUCCAAGUUGAAAAAUGAUCAACCUGAUUAAUUGAAGAAUUCAUUGAUGUUUGCUUUCAGAUCUUUCUGGAGCUUUUUCAGCUCCUGCAUCAUCUAUAAAACAACUGAAUAUGAAAUAAUAUGAAUGUUAUGAAGAUGAAUGUCAUAUAUGGAUGUGCAACUCAACGAUACAUAGAAAUGAUUACUCUGGUACUCCAUACACUUGUUUUUCUGCAGUGUUGUGAGACACACAAUUCACCCACAUAGAAGUGACUCCAAAAUAGUCUGCCAUGGAUUUGAGACUCAUGAGAGUUGUGACCUAAAUGUAUAAAACAUCUCAUUAGUUCAUGUAAAUCUAUGAAUCAUUUCUAAACAUGGACAGAAGACUGAAUCCAGAAGCACAGAGAGUGAGUGUGUAGGUUCAGGUAGUCACUGAGAUUAUAACAGCACAGAAGUGACACUGAUGUACUGUGAAUCCUCUGCCAUACAGUAUGUUCACUCUAGUCAAUGUUGGAAAUAACUGAGUCCAAUCAUUAUUUCUUACAAAGAGACUUUUAUUGUGAUGUAUGAAAUCCUAAACAGCUGGAUGUUUUAUAUGUAAAAUUAAAGUAAAAUGUAUUAAACAAAGAAAUCACAAGAGAAAAGGUGUCUUAUUUUUUGCAAUUAUUUCAUUAUUUGGUUUCUGAAAUGUUAAAACUUUUAUAGUUUGAGGACUUUGUUUUGCAGAGAUGUAAAAGUGUAUUUCUGCCUCUGACCCAGCCCUUG